UUGUCCAGUUGCUAAACAUAAUGGAUCAAGGCCCUUCAAAAAAGUCUCGGGAAAACUUGUGCAAAUCGUAUCGAUCAAAUAACGAGGUGGUGAAAGAAUAGAUUAUGCAUUACGUACGUACGCAACACGCCACAUUUUCGACGAGGUGGACAGCACAAUGACACUUUUGUCCAACGUCUCAACAUGAGGCAACAAGUCCUUUCUUGGGAUGAUGGGGUGUCAUAAAUUGGGGAAAAUUGGGUUGUCGUACCAGGCAGGAGCACAAAGCAAUGGAUUUCCAUCUCUCAAAGUCUCCAGUCGAGGCAGAAAUCUCAGCCAGUCGCGUCUUGAUUCCCGACACAACGACUCUCACCUCAAAUUCCAUCGCCACACGGCUCGUGCAAAUAUUUGCAUAUUAUGGUCAUACAAAUGAACAAGGUGAGCAUACCUGCGGACGCCCUAGGCCUCCACCACUCCACCCUCCCAACAACCAUUGUCCCCGACUCGAGAGACCCUCUCCAAAUUAAUGGACACAUCCAGGCGACUUGGAGCAGCGUGGUGGGUGAGCCGGAGGGGUUGCGUUCUCCGGAGUGGGCCUGGAAAUUCUCCGGAGAAGUUUUCUCCUUCAUCCAAGCGGCGACAUAUCGUUUUUUCGUCAUCAUCCUGGGUCCACUCCUCUCCUUCUUGGCAGCCAUUCAUUUCGGAAUUCUCCACUUCUUGCAAAUCUGGUUUCUGCGCCCGAUCCUCAAGUUUUUCCACGUGGUCUUCGCCUUCACGAGGUCCUUCAUCGAGAUCACUCUGAACGGAACGGUGGGUCCAUUCGUCGAAACGGCCGGACUCUUCUGCUCCAGAUUCAGAGUUCGACAUCAGCGCGUGUACGACGCCAAGGAUGAGCCUGCCUACCCAUUCAUCAUUUAAUCAUGAGGAAAUCCCUCCAUGUCAAAAAGUACAAACUUUCCAAACAGACAAAAUUUUUAUUUUUUAAUUGAUCAGAUAAAAUAAUAGCAACUAAAUAUGUGCAUGUUGGAUUUCAUUGAAGAGUAAAACGUAGGAUUUUCCAUAACGAAUGGGGCGAGUGAAAGAAUGGGAGCAGCUCCCGGAGAAUAAAUGGUUCUAUUUAAGUUGUCCUUGAUUCCGUUUUGCCAAGGAGGACAUUGUGUCGUUGCAUUAGGUAGGAGAGAGGUGGUGAGAGCGAGCGAGAGUGACUCUCUCCCUCCGUGCAAAGGUCGGGAUGGCACGGGUUGUUACAUCAAUCAAAAUUGGUGUCACAUAUUCGAUACGAUCCAGUCCUGCUCCUCUCCUCCAAUGCGUACACUGGUUCACAUGGGUCUCAUUUAUUUUGCGUGAUGGCUUCUCAGCCUCAAUUCCACUCUCAUUUGGAACAAGUUGUCAAGUUUUGUUUAUUGGAAUACUUUUGUUUAGAGUAAAAAUGCUACAAUCUCAAAUAAAUAAAAGUUUAAGCAAUGUUGU